GGUUACGUUGGCUAUCGGCCAAUCUGUUAAAGGUACGACCGCGUUGCCUGCUCGACCGCAACGCGUCGAUACGGUGGCCGUCUCGGACACUAUCGUCGUGCGUCCUGCACUCGUCGUCGUGUUUACUAGACUGACUCCGCUGUUGUUACCCUAUUCUGCUGUUCAUAGAGCUCUUAUCGAUACACGCAACGCCAUCGCUGGCAUUUUCACUGGAAUAGACAUCCUUUCCAAAUCAUUUGUCACUGGACCAUCCACGCGACCUGAGGUGGUGCGGACUAUCGGGGCAUUGCAGAGGCGUUCAGAUGCAUUAGGCCAACACAGUGAUGACAGACGAUCGGUUCCGAAUGCGGGUCGACACCGGCUGUACUGGUGAUAGCAAGGAUUCCGGCAUAGACGUACAGUCACGUUUGCGAAACGUUCCCAAACGUCUGCAUCGUCGCGACGUGCUGAAGACGGUUAUGGAGGAUGCGGAUGAGGCCAAGUGGGAUAUCGACACUGUCCUUUGGGCGAUUGUCUUCGCUUUAACAGUAUGGUUCUUUCGUCUUCCGACUUCAAUUUGGUUCAGCAGAAAAGUCAACUGGCCUCUUGCGACAUUGUCUAUACUAUGUUUUUCGAUUUUUUCCUCAUGCGGUUUGUGGAUGUACUGGAAAUACCGUACAACUGCUCGUUGGAGGAUUCUCAACCCUUACGUUUUUGCCGCGGCCUGGAUUGCCUUUGCUGCAGGCAUCGCUAGUUUUUCCGCUUCCACAUGGUCACUUUUCGGAUGGUGGUCUCUGUACAUCGCUGGAGUCACAAUGAUGUUCCUCAUUUCAAUUGCGCCAUUGUUUUCAUAGAAUAGUCUGUUACUCGUUUUUUGUAUGUUUUGGUUUUAGAGUUUGAAAGGCAUAGUCUUUCGUGCAUAGUUUGUUAACUUCUCAUGGAUUUGUCAGAAGAGUUGUUUUAACGUGUUUUAAGCGUUUCACGCUAUGUUGCCUUCACAUUCGUUGCUUUAGCCAUUGCGUUUUGUGUCUAGUUCUCGAUUAGAUUGCUUCAAUUCACUUUUUUCCAUUCUCAUUCCGGUGCAAGUAUUCCUCCUAGCAAUCUCUACCAGUGUAAUAUGUGAAACUUUCGAUCUAGUAGCACUUAGUGGCAUCGAUCUCUUUCCACUGAUUUUCCAUUUGUGGUUGUUGUCUUAGCACUUCACAAGGUUGUUGAG